ACCGCCUGAUUUUCCCCUAUUUUCAGUUUUACCUUUUUUGUGCUAUUUUAUGCUUAUUUAUCUUAUAUAAGCAGCUGACCGUUGGAGCAUUGCACAAUCCGGGGCAGCUUCGAUCGAUUUCACACACCGCUGACUGCUGGGCAAGUGACUUCCGGCUUUUGGCCACCUCUCCUCUGAGAGCCAAGCCCCAAAAGCCAAAGUGGCCAACUAUAAAUGGCUAUGUUGUUGUCAAAAUGCUGCCACAAAUUUGACGAGAGUGCAACGCGAUGGAGCUGCCAAUUGGGAAGUUAUUCGGUGUGUUGCAUCUAAUGUUGCUCGUUUCGCCGGCAAUGUUGCAGCAACAACUGUUCUACCAUCCCAGGCAAUUGUACAGCGAUUCACCGCGUCUGCGAAGAUUCGAGUAUGCAGCUGCCACGCCCUUUGUGGGCGGUGGCUACAAUCCAGUUGCUCCUCCGCCGCCGUCGGCGUUGCACUACCAACAGCAGACACCGCACUUCCAGCUAAUCAACUAUCGACCCAGCUAUCAGCCGUUGGCCCUGGAGUACCAGCAACAGCAGCUGCCCGCUCCUGCCCCGCCCCUGCCGCCCCUCUAUCCGCAGCAGAGUGUCCAGUAUCAGCAGAGGACUAUUGCUCCCCACUCCGAGUUGGCCAAAUAUCGCUAUGAGGGGAACUAUCUGCCGGUGCAAAGGAUCGCCCUGCAGCAGCAGCAACCUCAACGUCGCGCCGAGGAGCAACUACAGCAGCAGCAGCAGCAGCAACACUUGUUGCAACAACAGCAGCAGCAGCAACUCUACAAUGUGCCACCGGCUCUCUUCACCAGCGAUGUGCUGCAUGUGAUUCCACCUCGCAUUGCCAGAUUGCAGGAACAGCAGCAGCAACCCUCGCAGAAUGUCCAAACCGAGCGACCCAGAAGGUUUGCCAAGGAUCUGGACACGGAUGUUGCUGAGAGCAAAGGUCACCAAAACACCGAUCGAAGCGGCAAGGAAACCAAAUACUUUCAUGACAUUUUCAUGCGCUUUGAUGGCCCAAAUUCGCGGAGUCACGGUCACGUCCUCAAGCAUCCGAAGUCCCAGGAAAAGCGAUUUGAGUCGCAGCGAGGCACGAACCGCUACAGGGGCGAGGUGAUUUGGACGGAUCGUCAAGGAGGCCACGGCGAGCACCGCUGGGACAUGGCGCAAGGAAAACUCUAGGAGCAGACCUUGAUUUGCAUACCCCUUCCUCUAUCAUUCCCCUCCCCCUAACUAACUCUGUACAUACCCAUCGGAACUCUUGCAUAAAUCGUGACUUUUCAUAA